ACGGAAAAGUUUCCACCUCUGACUCCUUUCCAACUACCAAAAUUGUGUGGAAAUACGAUAGCUGAACAUUUUUGGAACAUCGGUGAAAAACAAGCACGUCCUUGUAAAGAGUUAGCAAAAGUUUUUGCUAGCUCAGAACUUCCCGAUAUCCCACCUGAAGGAAUAUGGAAAUUUAAAUCUGGAUGGACACGUUACGAAAAAGGCAAGCGACCCGAAACGGUAGAUUUUCCUGAAGACGAUGUUUUAUGUUUUGAUGUAGAAACUUUACUCGGUGACAGUGAUUAUGCGCUAAUAGCAUGUGCUGCUUCACCAAAAGCAUGGUAUGCUUGGAUUUCACCACGACUUAUUAAACACAGAAGCGCAGUUCACGCUUCGUCAGCGCACCAUACAGAGAAAUGGAUUGGGCAUAAUGUUGGUUUCGAUCGUGCACGAAUAAAAGAAGAAUAUCAUCGUGAUAGAUCUUGUAAUAAUUAUAUAGAUACCAUGUCUUUACAUAUAGCAGUAAGUGGACUCUGCACUCAACAGCGUCCAACCUGGAUCAAGUAUAAUAAAGCUACUGAAGAAAAUAAUAAGGAUUAUUUGGAAAGAUCCAAAGAUUUUCAGGCUAUCUAUGAUGUUAGUUCGAUAAACAAUCUUAGAAAUGUAUAUAAAUUUCAUUGUCAAGGAGAAUUAGACAAAUGUUUGAAAGAUUAUUUCAUUAACGGAUCUUUGGAUGAAAUCGUAAAGCCUGAAGUUUUCCAAAAGCUGGUAUCUUACUGUGCUGGUGAUAAAGCGGAGUCUGUAUAUCAAGAACAGAGUAAAUCUAUUGAAAAAAGCUUACAAGAUCUUGCAUUGGCAGCAGUAAAAUCGUGGAGAGAUGAUCCACAAUCGAUAAACAAUAAUCCAUGGUUAAGGCAAUUAGAUUGGUCAACACCAUCACCACGUGCUAAAAAGCUUAAAGGAUAUCCAAAAUGGUAUCGAAAUAUUUAUAAUUCUAGAACAGAAAUAGAUAAGAAAAUACUUCUUAACGGAUCUCUUACAAAUGAAUUACAAUAUAAUGUGUUUAAAGAUGAGCUAAAUACAAUGGAUGUUAGUGAGGAAGCAUCUGUAGCUGAAGACCAUGAGGAGCAGUACGCUAAUGAUAUGGAUGGAAUAUAUUACCGGAUUCCACAUAAGGAUGGCGAGAAUGCUCGCUGUGCGACACCAUUAUCGAAACAAUAUAUAACCGCUUUCGAAAAAGGGAUUUUGACUUCUGAAUAUGAAGAGGCUAAAGCAGCAUUAAAAAUGAAUGCGACAUGUUCAUAUUGGAUUGGUUCUAGAGAACGGAUAAAGGGUCAGAUGGUUGUAUACAACGAUUAUCCAGAAAUUCAAGAUAUGGGAUUUAACUCAAAUAAUGGAAAAAGUAUUGGAAUGAUCUUACCGCAGACUUUAACAAUGGGGACGAUCACUCGUCGCGCUGUAGAAAAAACAUGGAUGACAGCAAGCAAUACAAAGGAGAAUCGUAUCGGUUCCGAACUUAAAACGAAAAUUCAAGCUCCAAAAGGAUAUAAAAUUAUUGGUGCAGACGUCGACUCCGAAGAAUUAUGGAUAGCUAGUUUGAUUGGUGAUUCACAAUUUGGAUUCCAUGGUGCAACUGCUUUGGGAUGGAUGACACUUCAAGGAAACAAGGUGGCCGGAACAGAUUUACAUUCAAGAACUGCAAAGAUUUUGAAAAUUUCGCGGUCAGAUGCGAAAGUAUUCAAUUAUGGUAGGAUAUAUGGUGCAGGGCUUAAAUUUUCUGCACAAUUACUUAGACAAUUUAAUGAGAACAUUGAAGAAAAUGAAGCUAUUGAACGGGUAACCGAAUUAUACAGCCAGACUAAAGGCAAAAAAUUCUUCACUAAAAAUAUUAAUGCUAAUGAUUUUCCUAAAAAGACGUUUUGGUACGGUGGUAGUGAAAGCUAUAUGUUUAAUAGUCUUGAAGAGAUUGCAACUGCUGAGACACCUCGAACACCAGUUCUUAAAUGUGGCAUAACUGACGCUUUAAAGAGAAAGGUAGUCGACGAAAACUAUAUGACAUCACGAGUUAAUUGGGUUAUACAAUCAUCAGGGGUUGAUUACCUUCAUUUGCUUCUAGUCUCCAUGCAGUAUUUAUUGAAAAAAUAUAAGAUAGAUGGGCGUUUUAUGCUAUCAGUUCAUGAUGAGGUAAGGUUUCUUGUAAAAGAGAGUGACACGUACCGAGCAGCAUUGGCACUUCAAAUCAGCAAUUUAUGGACAAGAACGAUGUUUAGUUACAUGUUGGGAAUCAAUGAUUUACCAUUGGUAGGUUGA